AUGGACUAUAGUGGGAAGAGAAAGGGAGGCCCAAAGGUGUCGGUUCCGAAAUGGCCGGAGACUGCUGGCCAGGAUAUGGAUGACUCGAUGAUCCCGAGACCUUAUGGGGUCCAAGAGCGCAUCCGUAUCUUGAGGAGGAUGCAGUUCAUGUCGAUGCGCUACCCACACCAGGAGACAAUCAGAGAGCUGGGAAUUGAGGAGGACGUCAACGACAUCCUCUACUACAUCGAGCUCGGAGACUUCACGAAGCAAGCUCUCCCGGCAUAUAGGGAACCGGCGAUAGAGUUCCUCGCCUCCCUGAAACUCAAAAAGCAUCCUCAGGGAGCAGCUGCUGAGCUCAAGAGAGAUGGGAUCGGCUACAUCACCUUCACUCUACUGGGACAAGAUAUCUGCUCAGCAUGA